AUGCGGUCAAAUUUGAUAGCUAUGAUUAGAGACGGGAGAGGCAAUAAACAGAUAUGGAAAGAUUCAAUAGAAGGUGAACUGUAUCGAUUUAAUGACAAAAUCUAUAAAGCGUUCAAAGAGCAGUACGUACGCUAUGCCGACGUGCGUGUUGUACCUAAUCAAGAACUACUGCUACGAAAGGAUGAUUCGGAACGGCCGAAAAGGCAC